AUGGCUCUAAACCUCAAGGGGGUGGGGUACGAGGUCCUGGAGGAGGUGCCGGGGACUAGAAGCGCGCUCAUCCUCGAGUCCAACACUAUCUACAAGAAGAUGCCUGUCGUCAUUCACAAUGGCAAGCCUGAGUCCAUGAUCAUUGUUCAGUAUAUCGAUGAGGUCUGGGCUGCAGAGGGACCUUCCAUCCUACCCUCUGAUCCCUAUGACCAUGCCAUUGCUCGCAUUUGGGCCGUCUAUAUAGAUGACAAAAAGGCAAAUGUUGUAGCCGAUGCUUUAAGUAGAAAAUUUUCUGAUGAAUUGGCUGCUCUAAUCACCUCACAAAAGCCUAUAUUGCUAGAUUUGGAGAAAUCAGGAAUUGAAAUACGACUACAUGAUUCUCAAAUUCAACUUGCAAAUCUUGUACUACAGCCUACUUUGAUUGAAAAGAUUAAAGCAGCUCAAAAGGAGGAUUCAGAGUUACAAAAGGUCAUAGAGGAUUAA